UUUUGGGCUUAAAAUCUUGGUCUACAGUAGUACAGUUUUAGACUGCAGCCGUGUAAUGAGUCACUAGCCUCCGCCAUUUCUGGGUGUUCUUUGGCUCCAAUUGCAUACUUCUUGAAACAAUUUUACCUUAUCUGAGGGUUAAAAAAUUUAAAAACAUUGAAGCCUAUUAAUCCUCUGACGUAGAACGAGGGAAGCAUCGCUCAGUUUUAAACUGUUCUGGCUACAACAAUGUCCACCCGAAGUAGACAAAAUCAAAAUUUCAUUGGCGGCACUCCUCAACGCAAUCAGUUUGGUGGUCAACAAUAUCAGGGACCAAAUUACAACAACCACGGAAAUUAUCAGGGUGGCCAUAACCAGCAGAAUGCCUUCAAGCAGCAGGGCGUUGGCACUCCCUACAAGCAGCAGCAGCAGCAGCAGCAGCCUCAACAGCUACAGACUCCUCAAAGAAAUACUCAACUAGCCAAACAACAGCAGCCACCUAAUCCACAGCAACUACAGCCUCAACAGCAGCAACAGCAGAUGCCUCAAGCUCAACGUUUGAAACCCAUUUUAAAGAGCAGUGCCACUACUAAUACUCAGCAAAGUCAAAACCAAGCUUUCAAUCAGCAAAGUCCUGCUCAGCAACAACAUAAACCACUACCAUCAUCAGUAAAUAAUGGAACGAAUUUAAAUGAAGCUCCCGAGAGUAUGGACAGCAGCGACGUUCAGGAUGUGCCCAAGUGGAAGCGCAAAGGUCCAGGUGUUAAGGUGAACAAGAAACUCAAGCGUUUGCGUUUAAAUCAACGAUUGAGAAAAACGCUGCAGCCAAAGAACGCCAUCAUGGUACUGAAUGAAAUGAAGACUGGUGUCCAUUUUACAUUCCCAGAGCAGCAGUCAUCCUUACCCAGCUCUCUCUUUCUUGUGCAUGCUGAGAUCGAUGGAAAAACUUAUGUUGGCCAAGGUGUUUCAAAACCGUUAGCUCGCCAGAAUGCUGCUGAGAAUGCUCUGAAAAGUUUGCUCUUAGAAAAAAUGACUGCUGCUGCAAUGAAAGCUAGCGUUGAUGCUGAAAAUGAAGGUAAUACCAAUAGUUCCCAAGUAAGUGGAGAAGAAAACGAAAACAAAGAAGGGGGUGAGGGUAACAACGCAGAAAUACAUUCCGAAGAUCCGAAUGAAAUACCAUGGAGUUCAUUGGCCAGUUUUGCUCUUUAUAAGUUAUUUCUCGAGUGGCAGAAUCAAGGCACGGUUGUUCCAGUGCCACGGCCGGGUCUUUCUCCUGGUAAAGUAAAAAAAGAUAUCACCAAACCCAUUACACCUAAAGAACUACCGCCAAAUCCUAUCUCUAUUCAUCCCGUAAUGUUGUUGAACCAAAUGAAACCUGGCCUUAUUUAUACUGAAGUAAAUCGUGUUGGUAAUCCACCAAACAUCACUUUUACCCUUGGAGUUGAAAUUGAUGGUCAGGAGUAUACAGGAACUGCUAAAAAUAAGAAAGACGCCAAAAAGUUUGCAGCAAAAGCUGCCUUACAUGCUCUGUACAGCCUAGUUUAUCCAGAAGAAGCUCAGUCCAGCGAGGAUAUUAGUAUGGGUUGAAAAAACUAAAGCUGUACGACUACUGAAAUGAUUUUUAACUAAUAAUUUUAGAUAUUAACAAAUCAACAACUUAAGGUUAAAGAUAAAGAAAUUUUGGAGAAUCGGUAUUUGCAUGGUACUUGCAUAUAACCCCAUAAAAAUCUUUAAAAAUUUCUAGAAUUCAAACUUUCAAAACAACUAUUUAAUCCUGAAAAUUUCUAUAAUAGUUUUUUUGUAAAAUCAUGUACUAAACUAAAUUCGGAGAUGAACAUACCAAACAGGAAUCAUUUUUAAACUAGACUACAUUAUGGUAGACGUUAAUAUAUUCAAACAAAUACUAAAGUUUGACAUUGAUGUAAUUUUAAUUUGACGUAAAAAGCUGAUCAUUGUAUACGAUUGGAAAUAAACUAUUAUUAACUAUUUCAUAUUUUUAAUUUGUAUAGCCCACUUUCAUCUACGGGCAUAGUUGCGGACAAUACUUUUUGU